AUGAACACUGUCACUUGCAGGCCAAUCAGCAGUUAGCGUCUGGAGGGGUAGUGGGCGGUGCCCGCGAGUGGUAGCGGCUGCUGUAGUGUUUUCGGGAGAGAAGAUGGCGAUUCUCCGGGCUUGGGCACUUGUUUUCGGCUUGCUAUGGCCAUGGCUUCAUGUGGCUUUAGCUUCAGUUGGAUUUCUCAACCUGGAGGAAUUGUCGGAAAUGAAAUACGGCAUUGAAAUCCUAUCGGAGCCGGUUAUAAGAGGACAGAGCAAGUCUGACAACAUAGUGACAGUAUCCUCCAAAUACAAACAGAAUUAUGAGUGCAAACUCCCUGCUGUGGCAGUGAAGUUCCACCAGGACAGGGAGGAAGAACAGUCAUACUCUGGACUUGGGAUAUCAGACCUUCUGCGACCAAUGGAGGCAGCACCGUGCCUUAUAAAGACCAAAGACUGGUGGACCUAUGAAUUCUGUUAUGGAAAACACAUUCAGCAGUAUCAUAUUGAAGAGUCUGAGGUAAAAGGAGAUGUCUUAUUCCUUGGAUACUAUCAGUCUGAAUUUGACUGGAAUGAUGAAACCGCUAAGGCCUCCAAACAUCACAGGCUGAAGCGUUAUCAUAGCCAAAUGUAUGUGAACGGGUCCAAGUGUGAUCUUAAUGGAAAGUCCAGGGAAAUGGAAGUCAGGUUUAUGUGUGAAGAGGGCACCGGAGAUUACAUAGCCCGUGUGGAUGAACCUCAGUCUUGCGCAUAUGUUCUGACAGUACACACCACUCGCAUAUGCCACCAUCCCUUCUUGCGCCCUCCUUCCACGGGUACUCCACAGUCCAUAAAGUGUCACCCUGCACUCAGUCCAGAGCAAUAUGUUGAGUAUGUGAAAGCACAAGUCUCUGAUACAAAGCGUAUAGUGGAAGAAUUAUCAGAGGAACUGAAAACUCGAAACCUAAAAACUUUGGGGUCCAAGCCUUCGCCAUCUGUCCAUGAUGCUUUGUUCAGAAAUGAGAUAAAGUUACCAUCACAGCCUGACCAAUCUGAUGAACAAAGUGAAGAAGCUGGUUCCCAAGAACCCAUGAAACAGGAGAAUCUUGAAGAAGAAGGCCAUGUAGGGCAUGAAGAGGAAAACACAGAUUUUUGGAAUAAGGUGCUAAGACCAGAGGACAGAGAAACUGAUGCAGCCACUGAUUCAGAGGAGGAACUGCUUUUGAACCAGCAGACAACUGAGGAAUCCCAAGGUAUGCAUAACGGACUUCGUUAUAAAAUAAUAAGGAAUCCAGAAGACCUGGUGAAUUUUAUUGCAGAUCUAAAAAAUAAAAAUAAAAAGCAGGAAGAAGAAAACAUUGAUGCAGAGCAAAAGGAUGUGCAGAGCUCUCACAGUGAAAACGACUUGGGUAGUAAAUCUGAAACACAAGCAGAAGAUGAAAAAGAUGAACAGGUACUCUUGCAGGAAUUUGAGAAAGAGCUAGAGAGCAUCCUGUUGCCCAAGUCUGAGAUAUCAGACAAUGUGAAAACUGAAGUAAAGAAAGAGUUUGAUAAUAUUAUUGAUGAGGCCCAAGAGGAACUUGAGACUGACAGACUCAAAGGAGAAUUUGACAGAAAACAAGCAUCUAAGUCAUUAGCUACCACCCUAAAUAAAUUAAUAGAUAAAGUUGAGAAUACUGCAAAUGACAAGGGAGAAGGAACAGAACCUUUGGAAAGUGAUGAAGGCGUGCCUACAAGCACAUCUGAACCCACUGAUAAAGAGCCUUCUGAUGGUCGUGUUAAAGUCAGGGUCACUAAGAUCCAUCGGGGAAGCUUUGAGCAGAAAGAGAGAAAGGUGAGAGAGAUGAGCAACGAGAAUCCCCAGCUAAGACACAUUGAGAAUGUUGUUAAGGACCUGCUUGAGAAGGAAGGACUGAAGGCAGAAGGUAAAAUAGAAAUUAAGAUUCUUACAACUGCAGAAUUUGGUGAUGAAGAAUCCUUUUCAGAAGAGGACACCAAGAACCUGCAAGAUAUUAUUUUCAACUUACUGGUUCAGGGAACAGAAGAAGUUCACAAAGAAAGGAAACGGCAACAGCAGCUAGAGGACAACUACAGAUUUGUCUGGAACCAAAAUCAGGACGACCCCAAAAAUACAAGGACUGGUGGAGACACAGAUGAUGUUGAAUUUUAACCUACGCUGACUGGAUAUCUCCCGAUAAAACAAAAACUUGAAUGGACUAUACAAUAAACAUGAGCUUCGUAUCAAAUUUUUAGACCAAUAAACCGAAUUGGAUCAUGGCAAUAGUAACGCAAAAUCCUCGCAGGUCGUAGUUUUGCCUGCAAUAUGCAGAAGUCUAGGGAGAUUGCUAAACAUAGCAAAGCGUAGCUAGCAGUGGUUCCUCUAGCUUUCAGCAGUACUGUGAGAAUACUUUGAUAAUUCCAGGGAAAACUAAUGCUUCACACUGCACUAUGGGAAAUAAAUAUGCACUAUUUAUGGCUCCAUUCUUUAAUUUUUUGUAUGGGUAUGGCACAUAGGGCAUUUAUUAUCCCGACAACAAUUAGUGCCAGAAACCACAAUUAAUGUUGGUUCUUGGGCCAAAAAUACAUAUUAGAGUCACACUGAAGUCAGUGGCGGUUUCGGGCACUUUUCUGCUGGUUGUAAACUCCCUCUACUAAAUUAUCAUUUUUGGACUGAAUUCUUCAAUCAAAAACUAAAAUUAAACUAAAAUUCUUGAAAUAACAAAAAAAUCUUAAACUGUGGUAUUAUGUAACUCAGGAACCUUUGGUUAAUGUUUAUGAACCUUUGCAGUUAAGCUAUAUGCAAUGGCUUUGAAAUGUCCAGCAAUAAAUAUCAGACUAUUCACAUGCAAACCAGGACCUUGAUAUUUAUCUACAGUGCUUGUACUUUCAUUUUAGGAGAGUAGCAAGUAAUGGAAAGGUUACGGCUCUUUUCUGCUGUACCCACAAUGUUGCUUGUAGAUCUCAUUUUACUGGAAUCAGGCUUCAGAUAUGUUGGUAACUUCAAAAACCCUUUUAUUUAAAAUCAUCAUUCACAGCACAGAGAGCAGUUUAUGUGUGAGAGCAUAUUAGUGAAGCAUCCAUAUGCUGAUUAUAAUUAAUAAUGCAAUUAGCUUUUGGUGUAAAUAUAUUGUACCUGUUGCUUUAACUGUAGUUAUAUUUACAAAUGCUUAUUUAAUUCAUUUGUCCUAUACUGGAAUAAAAGCUAUGUGUCGCAAAGCACUGCUGUUCAGCCAGCCAUUAAGGUGACACAGAUAUAAGGCUUUAAUAUAAGCUAUUAAUGUGCCGGUUUUUUCUCUUCUCCUUUUAACUUUUUUUUUUUUAAAAAAAACUGUCCUUGGCUGAGGCCCAACAGGGGCAGGCCAGUCUGUCACUGAUGACGAUGGCUUGAAAAUAACUAUACAAGAAAAACUGUGCAUAGAACACAUUAAUAGUACUCAGAAAUUUGAAGCCAAAUGUAUGGCUUUUCAUUAAGGGGCGAAUUGAAAAUUGAAAAUUCAAAUUUUCGUUUUUUUUAUGGCCGAAACUGUCAAAUGUAACUAUGGAAUUGUUCAAAUUCGAUUCAAAUUUUGAUUUUCGAGAUUCUUGCCCUUUAAGAACUUGAAUUCGACUAUUCGCCACCUAAAACUUGCCGAAUUGCUGUUUAAGUCAAUUGGAGACGUUCUGGGAUCAAUUUGGAGUUGUUUUCAGCCUUCCUGACAUUCCAGUUUUUUUUCAGAGAAAAAAACUCGAAUAUAGUUUUUAAAACUGAAAUCGGAUUAGAUUAGCGUUUUUGACUCGAUCGUAUUCACCCGAGUUUAACAAAUUCGAUUUUUUUUAAAAAAAAAUAUUUUUGUUGGUUGAAUUUCGAGUUCAUGGGAGUUUUUAAAAAUUCGACUUUUGAUAAUUCUGGCCCUUACUGUCAGUUCAAUACAACAGCAGCAGAUCUUUAAUGCAGAUAUGUUAAUAACUCAUUAUUUUAGAAUCUUCAUUCUUCUUUUGCCAUGCUUAUUUGUAAUAUGCAUUCAUUUCCUAUAACCUUAUAAGCCAAUCACACAAGUGCAGUAGCUGAUAACAACCAAUCAGGUCUUUGCUUUCCGUUCUGCUGCUCAAGAGAUGGGCAUUCAGACCAACAUAAACUUCAUACUAUCCUUCAGAUAUGGUAGUAUACACUGGUGAGAAAUAGCUUGUGGCAAAUUGUUAUUAUUGGAUAUCCACUGCUGGUGUCCAUGUGCUGAUCUAAUGUGCAGGAUGCAUUUAAUUCAUAUAAUAACCAUAUUCUGUGCUACAAGCAGGGACCGAGGAAUAAUGUAAUGUUUUCAUGUUAUAUAUUGAGGGAAAGCAACAAAGUGCUAGAAAAUAUUCAAUGCGGAGACCAUAAAGCACCAAUAAUUGAAUGAAACGUGUCCGUAUUGCAUAUUCCUGUGUUUAGUUGGUUAAUGUAAUUUAUUUUUUAAAGAGUGUUGUUACAGGUAAUUAAACAAAAGUUGUUAAUUUUGUUUUUUAAGCUGUUAAGGUUUUUCUUAUACUUUUCUUCUGCAACUGAAUAAAGCAAUGUUUUUUCAAA